GUUCGAAAAUCGCUCUCUGUUGAGUUGGGUUAGUCACUGCAGGUCUUGGGAAGUGUGAAAAUGCACACUCUAUCGUACGGCGUAGAUGUGAUCUAAAUUCUUGUGCCGCUUGCAAUUCGUACGAUUAGCGUAACAUGCACGCGAUUUAAUCGUUUCGCUCGCUAGCCUCUGAUUUGUUUUUUGAUUUCCCGAGGUAUAGAGGGCCAGGGAAUGGGAGAACAUGUACAGAUGCUAAAAUUCCUCUGCGAUGAUCUCUGACCCGUCUGUAUCUCUGCCCAAACAAGAAUAAGAGAUUCUGAGCAUUUUGAGCUCCUGAAUGCCUUUUUUGGUGCAAAAAUCAGAAGAAUACUUUGCAUUUUUCUGAAGGGGGGCGGUGAUGGGUUUCAUCCCCUGAGUUCUGUUCUUCAGUCUUAUACAAAACCCGUUUCCACUCUCACCUGGAAUUUUGGUAAGUGGUAGCAGAAACUGUAAUGGAAAAGAAGAAGAAGAGGGACAAGCCUUCAUUGAAUAAUACUACUGAGACUGAGGCUCCAGAUAAUCAGCAAAAAGAAGGAGAGAUCCAAGGUGGAGUAACAGUUGCAAAAAGGUUUUAUAGGGUGGAAAGUCCCAUGCAAGAGAAUGCUACAGGUGUACACCAUCAAAGUCCUCAAAUUUUACAGUGGCCAUACACACCACAGGUCCAAUCAGAGCAAUCCUUGCAAUUCCCUGCUCACUCCUCUCAGGCACAGCAACCUCACCCUCUAGCUCGACAUCAACCUCAGCAUCAACAUCAACAGCAACAGCAAGUCCUUCAUGGACAUCAGGGUGCAUUGCCACAAGGGCAGCCGCAGCUGCAACAACAAGCACAGCCACAGCCACAGCCACAACAGCAAUCAGUACCAUAUUGGCCACUUACAGAAUAUCCAGCAAUAGCACCACCACCGGGCCCAUUCUAUCCUUUUCCUCCAGGAUCCAAUGAGUCCAACUGGCAAACCACUGGAUUUACGGGAGCUCAUCCUGCAAAUGAUCAUGCUGCACCAUAUGGGUACCAAGGUGGCUAUGCUUAUCCUGUAGGAUAUCCAGGACCUUGGGAUCCAGCAGCAUGGUGGGCUCACUCACAUCAUCAGGCUCCAUACCCGUAUCCCUAUCCACCAUUUUCUGGUGGCUAUGGAUAUAUGGCACCCCCAGUCCCUCCUGCAGCAGGGAUUGCUCCAAGUGGAACCUAUCAGAGAGGAAUUAUUAGGCCGCCUACAGGACUUUCCCAGAAGCACCAACGACUUUGGGAAGCACAAUCAAUGGAAAAUGUGCAACUUUGGAGUGCAUUGGCUAGGGCAGAGUCCGAGAUUGCUGCAUAUCGUGGUAGGCUUAUGAAACUGGAGUCGGAUCUUUUUGCAGUGAAAGCACAUCAUGAUGCUGCUGUAGAAGGUUCUCCUGUAGUAAACACUGUUCCACAGAAUGCCAGGAAAGGUAGAAACAAAAGAGCCACUGUUGUGACAACCUCUGCUUUACCUUCAUCUGACAAUGUCCAACCCAGAUCUCGGGGAAGAAAGGUUGCAGCUUAUAAGAUGGUAAUUGAAGAGAAGGAGAAGAAUGAUGGUGAUGAGAAAGAAAGCAAGCUUGAAGAAAAGGAGAAGAUUAAUGCUCCUGUAACAGUGGCCCCCCAAAGCAUUCCUGCCCCUGAAGAGGAGCGAGAGAAGGUCGCACCUGUAUUGAUUAAUGCCAAUGAUUUUGAACUUGAGAAAAAUAAAUCUCGGCUUAGUUCAGAUUUCCCAACUGCAGUGAUAUGCCCCAACCAUGUUUUCUCAAGUGAUACUGAUAAUCUUCAAUAUAACACUAUAAACCAGAUGAGCACUUUCGGAACAUCUCUUCCUCUCACAGGAAGGAAAGAAAAUGGGAAUGAGCAUCCUACAGAGAGAAAAAGUCCUCUCGUAGGAUCUACACAAAAUCUCAAUUUCAUGGAGAGCAAAGCUUCAGAAUCUGGUGAAGAUGGUUCUGCCUCUUACAGAAGUGUAAAUAAUAGGGUCAAUGGAUGGCCAGCUCCUCCUCCUGCUGGUGAUAGUGUGAGAAAUAUGAUGCUUGAGGGCCGAAUGCACACUUUCUAUGACCAUGGAACCACCAUGAGAUCAGAUCAAGUGCGUUCAGGGAAGCUUCUCUCUCCUUGGGGAUAUGUUUGUGAGGAUGCCUCUGAGGAGCAAGAUGAUGUAGUUCCCUCGGGAAAAGAGGAAGAUGAUGAGGAAAUGGACGAGGAUGCUGAUUCGGCACUAGAUGAAGUGAGGAGGCAGAAAGGAGAAAAUAUUCUAAGAUUAGAUUCAACCUCUGGGAUUCCAAAAAGUUUGACUCCAAUGAAUAGAUGGUAGAUUUGUGGAACUUGAUUGCCUCAGUUUUUGACUGUCCUUCCUCAAACCACUUUUUGAUCUGGUACGAAAACCUGUAUUCUUUCAUUCAGUCACCUGCAUGCCUGGACUUCAUCAUUUCUUGGAAUAAUUUCUCAGGAAGUCUGCCUCAAAAUGUUGUAUACGGAAGAUAUAGUUGAUGUACUGUUUAUAAAGUACUCAAGAUAUUACUGACCACAGAUAUUGCUUCUUUGAGGUGGGCAUAGCCUAUUUUGACCUCUUUUGUUAUAGUAAACAUACGAAGUUAACUGCCUUGACUUCUAAUUUGAGGCCCCUUUUGGAAGAUAGGAAGCAGUUGCCGCUGAAGAAUUUAAGUACUAUGGGGGUAAUUCCUUUUUUGCCCUUACCCCUUUAGGUAUUAUUAGCAACACUUGGGGCAAAGUUUUUGUUACUUACUGAUACUGUACAUUUGGAUAACUUAUUAACUAUUUUAUUACUACAAAUCAAUUCAGUUCCUUUUUCA